GCCGGGCGGGACGGAGGACUGCGGGACAGCUGGGCGGCGGGCGCUGCGGGCCGGACGCGCCAGAUGAUGGAUUUGGAUGUGCUUUUAUGAAGAAAUUCCACAUGGUCCAAGAACAAAAAUGUCCGGGCUACUGCCACCUUAGGGGACUAGGGCUUGGUAACAGCGCUUCCCCGGGAAUCAGGCGUGGUCUGACCCAGGAACAAGAAGCACAUCAUCACCAAUGACAUCAUGACAGCAAGAGAGCACAGCCCUCGCCAUGGUGCCAGGGCCCGUGCGAUGCAGCGGGCUUCCACCAUCGAUGUGGCAGCCGACAUGCUGGGCCUCUCUCUGGCAGGAAAUAUACAAGAUCCAGAUGAGCCCAUUUUGGAAUUCAGCUUAGCUUGCAGUGAGUUGCAUACUCCAUCGCUAGAUCGAAAACCAAAUAGUUUUGUGGCAGUGAGUGUAACCACCCCUCCUCAGGCAUUCUGGACGAAGCACGCGCAGACGGAGAUCAUUGAGGGAACCAACAAUCCUAUAUUUCUAAGCAGUAUUGCCUUCUUUCAAGACUCUCUUAUCAAUCAGAUGACACAAAUCAAACUAUCUGUGUAUGAUGUCAAAGAUAGAUCUCAGGGAACAAUGUAUUUACUGGGCUCUGGAACAUUCAUUGUCAAAGAUCUGCUCCAGGACAGGCAUCAUAGGUUACAUUUAACACUAAGGUCUGCAGAGAGCGACCGUGUGGGUAACAUCACUGUUAUCGGCUGGCAGAUGGAGGAGAAGUCAGACCAGCGGCCCCCUGUGACCCGGUCUCUGGACACUGUCAAUGGGAGGAUGGUUCUACCCGUCGAUGAGAGCUUGACUGAGGCAUUGGGAAUCCGAUCCAAAUAUGCUUCCUUGCGAAAGGACACUUUACUGAAAUCGGUGUUUGGUGGUGCCAUCUGCCGCAUGUACCGGUUUCCAACCACCGACGGCAACCACCUGCGGAUCCUGGAGCAGAUGGCGGAGAGCGUGCUGUCCCUGCACGUGCCCCGGCAGUUCGUGAAGCUCCUGCUGGAAGAAGAUGCAGCCAGAGUGUGUGAGCUGGAGGAGUUGGGGGAGCUGUCCCCUUGUUGGGAGAGCCUCCGGCGCCAAAUCGUCACCCAGUACCAGACCAUCAUCCUCACGUACCAGGAGAACCUGACUGACCUCCAUCAGUACAAAGGUCCCUCAUUUAAAGCAAGCAGUUUGAAAGCAGAUAAAAAGUUAGAAUUUGUUCCCACAAACUUGCACAUACAAAGGAUGAGAGUUCAAGACGAUGGAGGAUCAGAUCAGAACUACGAUGUCGUCACCAUCGGAGCACCAGCAGCACACUGCCAAGGUUUUAAGUCAGGAGGUCUCCGCAAAAAGCUGCACAAAUUUGAAGAGACCAAGAAACAUACAUCAUCUAGCUGCCAGUCCAUAAUCUACAUACCACAGGACGUUGUCAGAGCCAAGGAGAUCAUCGCCCAGAUCAACACCCUGAAAACUCAAGUUAGUUACUACGCAGAGCGGCUCUCAAGGGCAGCCAAGGACAGGUCUGCCACUGGCCUUGAGAGGACACUUGCCAUCUUGGCAGAUAAGACCCGGCAGCUGGUCACCGUCUGCGACUGCAAGCUACUGGCCAACUCCAUCCACGGGCUGAACGCUGCGCGGCCUGACUACAUUGCCUCUAAGGCCUCCCCCACAUCGACGGAGGAAGAGCAGGUGAUGCUUAGAAAUGACCAGGACACCCUCAUGGCCAGGUGGACCGGGAGAAACAGCCGCUCUUCCCUGCAGGUGGACUGGCACGAGGAGGAGUGGGAGAAAGUGUGGCUGAACGUCGACAAGAGCCUGGAGUGCAUCAUCCAGCGCGUGGACAAGCUGCUGCAGAAGGAGCGCCUGCACAGCGAGGGCUGUGAGGACGUCUUCCCCUGUGCGGGCAGCUGCACCAGCAAGAAAGAUUGCAGCCCCCCUCCUGAAGAGUCCAGCCCAGGGGAGUGGAGUGAGGCCCUGUACCCGCUGCUCACCACCCUCACGGACUGUGUGGCCAUGAUGAGUGACAAGGCCAAGAAGGCAAUGGUCUUCCUGCUCAUGCAGGACAGCGCGCCCACCAUAGCCACCUACCUGAGCCUGCAGCACCGCCGCGAUGUGGUCUUCUGCCAGACGCUGACUGCUCUCAUCUGUGGCUUCAUCAUCAAGCUGAGGAACUGCCUGCACGACGACGGCUUCCUGCGGCAGCUCUACACCAUCGGGCUACUGGCCCAGUUUGAGAGCCUGCUGAGCACCUAUGGUGAGGAGUUGGCGAUGCUGGAGGAUAUGAGCCUUGGAAUCAUGGACCUGAGGAACGUGACCUUCAAAGUCACUCAGGCUGCUUCUAACGCCUCAGCGGACAUGCUGCCUGUCAUCACAGGAAAUCGUGAUGGGUUUAACGUGCGGGUCCCUCUGCCAGGCCCGCUAUUCGACGCCCUGCCCCGGGAGAUCCAGAGUGGCAUGCUGCUGCGGGUGCAGCCCGUCCUCUUCAACGUGGGCAUCAAUGAGCAGCAGACGCUGGCCGAGAGGUUUGGCGAUACCUCUUUACAAGAAGUCAUCAACGUGGAGAGUUUGGUGCGGUUAAAUUCCUACUUUGAGCAGUUUAAGGAAGUUUUGCCUGAGGAUUGCCUACCUCGGUCGCGGAGUCAGACGUGCCUGCCAGAGCUGCUGCGGUUUCUGGGUCAGAACGUGCACGCCCGAAAGAAUAAGAACGUCGACAUCCUCUGGCAAGCCGCCGAGAUCUGCCGCCGCCUUAAUGGGGUCCGGUUCACCAGCUGCAAGAGCGCCAAGGACCGCACGGCCAUGUCGGUGACACUGGAGCAGUGCUUGAUCCUGCAGCACGAGCACGGCAUGGCCCCACAGGUCUUCACCCAGGCCCUGGAGUGCAUGCGCAGUGAGGGUUGUCGAAGAGAAAAUACAAUGAAGAAUGUUGGAAGUCGCAAAUAUGCGUUUAAUUCCCUGCAGCUGAAGGCUUUCCCCAAGCAUUACAGGCCUCCCGAAGGGACUUACGGAAAAGUUGAAACAUGAACACACGGUUUCCUCUAAUUAGCUGUUACACAAUAAAUGUGGGUACCCUCUAGUGUCAUAUAUGAAUUCUUCAAGAGGACCUGAAGGAUUGGUUUUUAUUUUUGUGGUUUUUUUAAAAACUAUUUCACUAAAGAGUCUAUGGAGCA